AUGACUGUGAAGGUGGUGGCCCUUGGCUUCUGCUCUGGGAACCACAGUUAUAUGCAGAGCACCUGGAAUGUUCUGGAUGGGGUGCUGGUUUUUGUCUCUCUCAUUGACAUUCUGGUCUCUCUGGCUUCCACUGGUGGAAACCGAAUCCUUUGCAUCCUGCUGAGAACUCUGCGGCCACUAAGAGUGAUUAGUCGUGCUCCUGGACUGAAGCUGGUGGUGGAAACGCUAAUAACGUCCCUGAGGCCCACUGGGAACAUUGUGCUGAUCUGCUGUGCCUUCUUUAUUGUCUUUGGCCUUCUUGGAGUUCAGCUCUUCAAAGGAAAGUUUUACCAUUGUGAAGGUGGUGACGCCAAAAACAUCACCAAUAUGGAAGAAUGUAAAGAUGAAGGUUACAAAUGGAUUCGGAGAAAGUACAACUUUGACAACUUGGGACAGGCUCUCAUGUCUCUGUUCGUGCUUUCCUGUAGGGACGGAUGGGUCAAUAUAAUGUAUGACGGGUUGGACGCUGUCGGGGUGAACCAGCAGCCUGUGCGCAAUCACAACCCCUGGAUGCUCCUCUACUUCAUCUCUUUCCUGCUGAUUAUCAGCCUUUUUGUGCUGAACUUGUUUGUGGGAGUGUUGGUGGAGAACUUCCACAAGUGUUGUCAGAACCAGGAGGAAGAGGAGGCGCGUAUGCGUGAGGAGAAGAGGCAGAAACUGCUGGAGAAAAAGCGCGUGAGUAAGGAGAAUUGUGGAUGGAACCAGCUGGAUCUAGCCAUAGUCCUGCUCUCUAUCAUGGGCAUCACACUUGAGGAGAUCAAGAUCACUGCAGCGCUGCCAAUCAACCCCACCAUCAUCCGCAUUAUGAGGGUGGGAAAUCUGGGCUUGCUGUUUAUGCUCCUCUUCUUCAUUUACGCGGCACUUGGCGUGGAGAUUUUUGGGAAACUAGCUCAGUCAGAAAUGCUUCAAUUUGGUCCCCAUGGGCAUGCUUCUCUCACAGAGCUCUUUUUAGUCUACAGUACUGUCAUAUUGGAAGAAGAACCUAAAUUAGCGCUGUUGAUCUUUGGAGCUUGCUCCUGCAAUGAACUUUGGAAUGGACUUUUUAUCGAUUCCAUCGACGUGCAAAGUUUUGAAUCCAAGGACAAUCUUGAAAGACAGGCAGGGAUAACCACAGGCUUCAAGCUGCAUGUUCCUCGUAUCGACGGCCCCAGCAUCCCUCAGGCGUCACCCUUGCUUCCCCCACAUGGACAAUUACCCAGUGUCCGCACCUUCCAGCUGUCCCAUAGCCAGCACAAUAUCCAUUCUCGACCUCCCAGCCUGGCCAGCAGCAGCAGAAGCACCAGCCCCAGUGGCUCCAUGUUUGACUCCGCUGAUCCGACCGGCAAGGAGGUCCGCCACAUCGACAGUACAGCGCGGCUGUGGGCAGGGGUCCAGGCAGAAGCACGGAGUCACUCCCUCUCUCCUUACGCCACCUCAGGGACGCCGCUUCCCAUGCUCAUGAAGAACUGCAGCAGUGCUGCAGACUUAGGCGAGUUAAGCAUCAAAGACCCGAAGAAGUGCUUCAGUGUGGACACUAAGGGUUUUCUGGAAAAACCCCACAGUACCGAUGACCAUCGCAGGCACUCAAUUGAGAUUUACUCUUCAGUAGAUGAUGGGCUGUUUGGUCAAGAACUCAGCGAAAAGAGGCACGUUCCUACGCGCAGACAGUCGUUGCACAUUCCCCGGAAGAAAAAGAUGAGCCCUCUGUAGCGCCACCUUCCUCUAACUGGGAAUUUUAUGGGUGACGCCCUGGUUCUUUAACCCCUUAACCAGCGCCCCCCUUUUUGAGUAUUUAUAUGAAAAUGCACUAUCCAAACUUUAAUGUUUAUAAUUCAAGAAUGCUUUGGAAUACAUUGGUAACAUUGGUCUUGUUUUAAAGAAGACUCAGUAGGUUGUAGCUGAAGUGAAACCACUUCAAAAAAUUAAAGUAUGAAAAGGUUAUAAAAGUUUACUGUAAAUCAAAUGUACUGUAUUAAACAUUUUAUAUUUUAUGUAAAAUAUAUAUUUCACAGAAUGUGUGUUUGAUGCAUCCAAAAUGGCCGAUAUUCAUAUUAAUGCAUUUUUAUUAAUAUUUAUGUUAAUAAUUUAUGGCUGAUGAUUUAUCAGUUUUACUUUUGCUUUCAUAUAUUCAUGUACUCCUACUUUAUAUAUUUAUUCUUAUCAUAUUUUCAAGUAUUUACUUGUUAUUGUACCCUUAUGAUCAUUCUUCUUUUAUAUUUAAGAGUAUGUAUACUCGUUAUAUUCAUGUCUUUAUUCAUGUCUUUCUAUAUAUAUGUCUUUAAAGUAUUAAAAAUAAAAAAGUAAGAUGUGACCCUUGUACAUAACAUGCAUGUUAGCUUCCUAAUUAGCAAAUGAAAUAGUUCAGUUGUGUUUCCUUAAUGCAUUGAAAUGCAUGAAACGCAGUAACUGUUGACCGACUGUGU